AUGAAAAUUGGGAAGCGGAAGAAAUCUUGUGAAAGACCAGACUGUCAAUCAAUCAAUCUUUUUAGUUUUUACGUUUUUGCGUCUGAGAAAGCUGUGACAAAGUUACAGUUAGAUAAUAUGGAUAUUACCAGAAGACAUUUAUCUUUCACUAAUGAACAGGAAACAUCGACGGAGCCGUUUGAUGAUGAUACAGUUAUAAUGUAUAAUAGGAUGAGAUUUGCUAUAAAUAUAACAACCUGGACAGAGAAAACACCAGCGUUAUAUCACGGUCAUCUGGCCUUUCUAGAUUUUACCAGGCUCAGUAAAAGAGUAAAAUAUGAAUAA